GCAGCCGGGCCGGCGGGGGUCGCCCGGGGGCGCCGGAGGAGGAGGAGGAGGAGGAGGAGGAGCCGCGGCCGCCCAGGAAGGUUUUUAAGCUUCUGAGGGGUGUCAGAGCCGCACACCUUUAGCACGGGAAGAUGAGUGAACUUGACCAACUACGCCAGGAGGCUGAGCAACUAAAAAACCAAAUCAGAGAUGCUAGGAAAGCUUGUGCUGACGCUACAUUGGCCCAGAUCACAGCCAACAUUGAUCCCGUGGGUCGCAUUCAGAUGCGUACUAGAAGAACACUGCGGGGACACCUGGCCAAAAUUUAUGCAAUGCACUGGGGAACUGAUUCCAGGCUCCUGGUUAGUGCAUCACAGGAUGGAAAGCUGAUCAUUUGGGACAGCUACACCACAAACAAGGUCCACGCCAUUCCUUUGCGUUCCUCCUGGGUCAUGACCUGCGCAUACGCCCCUUCCGGAAACUACGUGGCCUGCGGUGGACUCGAUAACAUUUGUUCCAUUUACAACUUAAAAACACGUGAAGGCAAUGUCCGAGUAAGCCGUGAGCUGGCUGGCCACACAGGCUAUUUGUCCUGUUGCCGGUUUGUGGAUGAUAAUCAGAUUGUGACCAGCUCUGGAGAUACCACUUGCGCCCUCUGGGAUAUAGAAACCGGACAGCAAACUACUACAUUUACCGGCCACACCGGCGACGUCAUGAGCCUAUCCCUCGCUCCUGAUUCCAAGUGUUUUGUGUCUGGUGCCUGCGAUGCCUCGGCCAAGCUGUGGGACGUCCGAGAAGGGAUGUGCAGGCAGACCUUCACCGGCCACGAGUCGGACAUCAAUGCCAUUUGUUUCUUCCCCAACGGCAACGCGUUCGCCACUGGCUCCGAUGACGCCACAUGCCGGCUCUUCGACCUCCGUGCCGACCAGGAGCUCAUGGUUUAUUCCCACGACAACAUCAUUUGCGGCAUCACCUCCGUAGCGUUCUCCAAGAGCGGGCGCCUCCUGCUCGCUGGUUACGACGACUUCAACUGCAACGUGUGGGACACGCUCAAAGCGGACAGGGCAGGUGUCUUAGCUGGCCAUGAUAACCGUGUCAGCUGCUUAGGGGUGACUGAUGAUGGCAUGGCGGUGGCAACGGGAUCCUGGGAUAGCUUCCUCAAGAUCUGGAACUGAAGCCUGACAGUCCGUGGACUCCCCGCUGACCGGACAACUUUUCCAACAGUUGAAAGUUUGAAAUAACGUAUCCAACUCAAUAUACUAACUUGGAUCCCCUCCCUGCCUCCUCUCCCCCCCCCCAUUUCCUGCCCCACCACCAAAGGGGAAGAUCUUUCCACCUCUCUUGUUCGCUGAAUCAAAGAGCACAAUUCUCUCUCAAAGAGGAAUUACCGUGGGUUCUACAAAUAGCAAAAGAGAUUAAAAUUG